AUGUCUAAGAAAGUUGUAUUCGUGGUUAUCAUUGUAUUUCUUUAUGCAAUUUUCUUGGUAUUUUUAAUCCACGCUAUCCCCCAUAUCUAUUCUAUCAGGAAAGCAGAUGUCAGAAUCAAACAGACGACAGAAGUAAAAUCCGAUUUUCAAACAACUACACAUAUUCCAAACAACACAGAAGAUCUACCAACACAAAUUUUUCAAAAACAACUUUGCUAUCCAACGUUCGGUAAAAUAGCAAUAGUCACAGUCUUUACUGCUGGAAAAUACGUUGAAAAUGUGGUUAAUAAUGCGGUACAGUCUGUCAGAUGUUAUGCAAAAUUGAGAGGCUACGAUCUGUAUCAAAUACAAGAGGAGAUUGAUGGUAAUUUUACAGCUACAAGUGGGUGGAUAGUACCAAAACAAUGUUUACAGAAAGAUAUAGUUUUGACGAAAAAGCGACAUUGCUUUAUUGCUUAUUUACUUUAUCAUUAUGACUAUAUUGUUCAUUUGGAUGCUGACACUGGUGUUGUUAAUCCAAAUCAUUGUUUCGAAGAAUACAUCAGGCCAGGAAUUGACAUAUUUCUGUUAGAAAGAGUUCACUCUGGUGAAAUACAAGCUGGUCAUUAUAUAGUAAAAAAUACCAACUACGCCCAUAACUUUUUAAUGGCAUGUUUUAAACGCAUGAUAAAACCAAAAACAACUGAUAAUAAGGAAUUUGUUUUGGAAUUUUCGCGUCGUGUUGCGGGCGUCAUGGACUUUGCUAGUUGCCAAAGAAGAUAUCCUAUCUAUUUCAACAGUGUGUUGUAUUUCAGUUUUGUUCGCUGCAUCAAGGAAGCUUUGAAUGGACGCAUGUUGUUUAACAAAUUCAAUGUAUACAGAAGAGCGCAUGGAUUUGUCAGAGACGCAUGGACUACUGGCUUUAUUUGGUCGAGUAAGGACUUUUUAUUGCAUGGACUGAAAGGAAAAGAUGAUAUUAUGUAUGCAAGAAAACUGACAUCUGAAGAUUGUUCUAAUGAUAGAGCUUGGUAUGUACCAGUAAAGACACAUCUUUUUGCAAACUUGACAAAAAUGAAAGCUUUAUGGGAGAAAGCUGACAACGAAUUUAAAUAUAAAAAUCUUGGUGUUAUGCAGUCUGACAUAUCCAAAUGCUGGCCUCAUUGUUCUGUAGACCACGUCAAGAAAUGA